UUCAAUCAUUUCAUUAGCAUUUAACGUACGCAAACAAUUUUGUAUGAUUCACUGUAGCAGUACUUUAAUUAUUUAUUAAAAAUAUGAUAUGUAACGACGUGUGAACUGUAUUUGCAAAACUAUCUUCUAUUUUCACUACCGCAUCAUAAAUAUAUGCAUCCAUGUAUUGUUGAACAUUUGAUUCUUGAAGCUGGUAUGAUCGUUGAAUGCAACUCCACUAUGGUGAGAAUGCCGGCAUAUGGUCAAACCAUGAGGUCGCUCCUGAUUGGUGCGCUGCUAGCUACCGCCGGCCAUUAUAUAAGGAGGGGCUGCAGACCGUCAGCUCACAUUCACUCUGCAACCAUCGACCUGAUCGUAGUAGCAGUGUUCUAUCCAAGCGAUACAAUUUCAUCAUGCCGCCCAAAGCAAGUGGAAAAGCUGUGAAGAAAGCUGGCAAAGCCCAGAAGAAUAUCAGCAAGACCGAUAAGAAGAAGAAGAGGAGGAGGAAGGAAAGCUAUGCAAUCUACAUCUACAAAGUGCUGAAGCAAGUCCAUCCUGACACCGGAAUCUCCAGCAAAGCCAUGAGCAUCAUGAACAGUUUUGUAAAUGAUGUUUUUGAGCGUAUUGCUGCUGAAGCUUCACGUUUGGCACAUUACAACAAGAGAUCGACCAUUACAUCCCGGGAGAUCCAGACUGCUGUGAGACUUCUGUUGCCUGGAGAAUUGGCGAAACACGCUGUGUCUGAAGGCACUAAAGCUGUUACCAAAUACACCAGCUCCAAGUAGACGGUGUUCUUACGAUCGGCCCUUUUUAGGGCCAACAAU